AGUAAUCUCCUUUUGACGUGACGAUGGAGUAGAAGCAUAAGCUUCGUCAUAUUUUAUCUAGAUAAUGACGACGUUGGAAUAGAACCAAUCAUAAACUAAACAAUAGUACUAUACUGAACAUGGCGACUCCGAGUGGAGCAGAAGGUGGCACCACGCCUCCCGGUGGAACAGAUUCAACGGACGCUGAUGCUGGGACAUUUUAUGAGUGCAAUAUUUGUCUGGACACCGCACGCGACCCAGUUGUCAGCAUGUGUGGACAUUUAUUUUGCUGGCCCUGCCUCCACCAGUGGUUGGAGACUCGUCCCCAGAGACAGAUGUGUCCUGUGUGUAAAGCUGGUAUUGGAAAAGACAAGGUGAUACCAGUGUAUGGCAGGGGCUCCAGCAACCAACAGGACCCAAGAGAAAAACUGCCACCUCGUCCAGCAGGUCAAAGAUCUGAACCAGAAAAUCAAGGAGGGGGAUUCCCUGGCUUUGGAUUUGGAGAUGGAGGAUUCCACAUGUCCUUUGGAAUUGGUGCUUUCCCUUUUGGAAUUUUUGCCUCAACAUUUAAUUUCAAUGAUGGACGACCAGGCCCAGCUCCACCUGGAUCACCGCAGAAUCGUGAGGAACAAUUCCUAUCUAAAGUGUUUCUGUGGGUAGCUGUUUUAUUUCUUUUCUACCUACUAAUUGCAUAGUCAACUCUUCCAAUUGACUUGUCAGUUUUUGGUUCAUGAAGAUAAGGAGUGAUUGAACUCUACCAUCAUGUAAUGUAACCAUUUAUAUAAGUACAUGUAUUGUACUUCUUCCCCUUAAUACCUUGCUUAAGAAGAUUCAUGACUGGUGGAGCUGUUCCAGAGUGUGUUUUCUGGUCAAGGAGCAGGUGUCGAUUGAAAACCUGAUAUUCGUUGAUCCGUGUCUGUCUGUUAAUUGUUGUAAUUUAUCAGUAAUGGGAUGUCGGUGAAGUUGACAACAGUUUGGUUUUGCCACUUAUUAACAUGUAUCAUACAAAAAAAAUGAUAUAAAGUUGAUCUCAGAAAAUGGUUUAAACAUGUUUAAAGUGAGAAGUUGCUAUGUUUCUGAUAUUGUGCCAGUUUGUAUAUCGGUAAAUGUCAGACACUUCUGCCCCAUAAACAAACCAGGAUAAUCAGUGAUUCCUUUUUAUUUCCAAAAUGUUUCAAAUCCUUGAAAAAGACUUCACACUUGGGAAUACAAAAACAAAUGUACUGUUUUUAUGUUUUUCAGGCAUCAUCAAAAAUAAUUUGCACUCUUUGUAUUGAAACAAAAUUUUCUGGAAAUAGCUAUUUACGAUUCAAAUUGCAAAAGUGUAGUGACCUUGACUUCCGGGAUAACUCACAUAUUAGGAUUUUGAUUUAUUGUACAUUUAAUAUUUGCAUUUUGAAUGUUUAUGCAUUUUAUCACAUUUUGUCAUCACUUUGUAUACCUGUUUUUAAUUAUAUUUCUUCCAUGUUAGAAAUAACAAUUAUUGAAAAGCUCAAAGUUUUUUCCAGUUACAUAACAUCUCCCUCUGAUGAAAUCAUCACUUCUUUUUUUUUUUUAGUCAAACAAAGCUGAUUUGGUAUUGUGUGGGUCAUUUUGCUGUCCUGCAGAACUAUCAACUGAAUAACAUUUCAUUUUUCCUGUAAUAAGUCCACCCCAUAGUCUUUUUACAGGAUGUAUGGGUACUGUUAACAUGAGGUGUAGUAUCAAUUUCAUCAAGUGUAAAAUGAUUUUUUGAAAACUUUAGUCAUCAGUGGUAAUUAUACCUCAAAAUGUAAUCAAUACAGAAACAAGUGUGUUUUGAUAAAAAAAAUAUAGAAAGUAUCCCAUAGUAACAUGUUUUCCUUGGAUUAAUUGUUUUCUCAACUUAAAGACGAAACAUAAAAUUCCCAAAUAUGGAAGGAAGAUCACUAAUAACUGGUUUAAAAUUCAGUUUAGGUUUAGACAUUGACAAGUCUUGUUUUUGUCUUUCCUUCAUUUAAUCAGGUCUGAAGGCCUCAUGGGAAAUAUCAUUUUGGGUUGUUUUUGCCCCUAAUAUUUUACUUUGUUAAUUUUGGGUAGGGUAUAUCAGGUAACUCAUUUCAUGAAAAAAGUGCUUAAUUUUGCAUGCAAGUGUUUCUUUAGAUCAAGUGUUGUGUGAUAAAAUAGAGUCACAUAAUAAACAGAAAAAGGAAUUACAACAAGUAACAAUAUAUAUUACUGUACCGUGGAUUUCUAUUUUGGAAGUUGUACACUUUUUUUUUUUGCACAUUUGUUUUGUUCAUAAAGGCCACACCUCUGUGUAAAGUGCAUGCCUGUCUCAGGAGAUUAUAAUCUGGGGAAAAAAGUAUCCAAAUAUCGAAUACCUUGAAAGCAGUUAUCUCAGGUUGUCCGGAAUUCUUACAAUGAACCUGAUAUUCUGUAAGAAAAUAGAUGAUAAAUUAGAUGGAGAAAGAAAAAAUCAAAAUAUUAUAUGGAUAGAAUCCAGGUACAUGUACGCAGAUCCUGUUUUGUUGAAGAGGUUAAAUAUAUUUAGAUUUAAUUACCCAGAAGAGGUCAUUGAUGAGCUCUUUUGUCAAAAUAGAAUUGUGUGAUUUAUAUAUAUCAUUUUCUUUUUUAAUUUCUGAAUCAGAAUGAGAGCAAAUGGAGGUGAAAUUCUUUACUUUGAUGUGAAAGGUUUACAUUCGGAGCAAUAUAUUAUAAUGUAAUGACUCUGAAGUCAGUCCUCUUGAAAUAACAAGCAGUUCAUUAUUUGGAUUGUCAUAAUAUAUAUUGUAAUUUAUAUUGUAAUAUAUUGCAUUUGUUUUCAAAUUUAAAAAUCUGAUGUGAAAUCAUUUUAAUAUAAGGAACCAUUCCUGCAGUUUGGUUUUGUGAGCUAUCAUUUAAAAAGUCACUGUUUUAGAACUAAAGAUCCCAAUCAGCUGGUAAAUCAUUGUUAUAAAAAUUACUCAUUCAGUAACUUUCCAUUCUCCAGUUGGACUUUCUCCUUUCUGAUCAUUUAGAAAUUCUUCACUCAAAAUUGAAUUUAUAUGCAGUGGAAACCAUGUAAUAUCAUGUUCCCUUUUCCAGAUAUAAUUGUGAUCAUAAGGGGAAUAUGACAUUAACAGAUGUGACAUUAAGUGGUUUCCAUUGUACUGAAAAUAUUCCACCAUAUAAUUUCUUUUUUUACGAAGAUGUGUUCAUUUGACUUAUCUGGACGUUUGAUGAGUCAGAAUUUUAGACAUACUACUGCAGAAGAACUUAACAUUCCUACAAGCACAAUGUGCUCAUUACCAGUGUAACAGAAAUACAAGCCAGGGAUUAAGUUUUGAAAUGGAUCAUUGAAUGAAGGAGUUAUUUUGUAUGUUGCAUUGUAUUUCUGAAAGAAACAUUUCUUAAUGAAGUACACUAGCAACUUUAUGUUUAUUUGGCAAAUUACUGAAACUAAGUGAACACAUUUCAGAAAACAUUAAGUUGAAAAAUGGUUUAAAUUAAAACAGAUUUAUAUAAGUACUACAUGAAUAUAUAGUGGACAAGAAAAGAAAGUGCAGUAAAAUUUUGAUAUGGUUACCAGUAGAUUAAAAAUGGAAGGCUUUUGGUGUACAAGUAUAUUGUAACACUAUAGCCAAUUUCCUAUGGAGACAAAAUGAUAUAUUUAUUAAUCAAUGUUUUGUAUUGAUUGUUGCAAAUAAAUAAUUGAAGAAACUUUAAACAAUA